AUGAUAUUUCAUGAAGAAGAUUAUAAUAAAGCAAAUAUUAUUUUACUUAUUGAUAAUCAAUGUGGUUUACAAGCUCUAUUUAGUUAUAUAUUUAUUGAUACAUUCAACCAAAUGCAGUUUUACCAUAUUGUUUUAAAAUCAAAUAGUAUUUAUACUGAUACUGGUAUGUCAACAAGUAAUAUAUAUUUAUUAAAUUUAUUUAAACAUCCAAUAACUAGUUGGCUUGGUACAACACCUUAUUUUAUUAUAAACAAUAUUAGCGAAAUAAAAACUAUUGAUCAAUGCCGUUGA